ACCGCUUCCCUUUCCGUUUUCUUUACCAUUGUUAUUAACCCAUCUUCACUUCUCCAAGCCCUAUUCCUAGUCCUGUUACUUCAUUCUACUCUCUCUCUCUCUCUCUCUCUCUCUCUCUCUCUCUCUGUGCAUGAGUUCUUCCAAGCCCAGCAUUUAAUAUAUUCUUUUUAAGGGUAUCACCAGUCUCAGGAACAAAGGAAUAUAUCGUGCGGUGGAUAUGCGGUCUCCUGCGGCUGUUUCUUUGGUGUUACAUUUAUUACGAUUGUUUUGUUAGUAUCAUCACUAUGGAAUGUUGGGCACCUAGGUGGGAGAGAGAUAUAGACACAGAGAGGACUUAAGGCAUAUACUUCAACAACUGCUCGGCUAAAAUGGAGAGGUUUCAGGGACCCAUUAAUUCCUGUUUCUUUGGGGAACAUUCAGAGGCAGAUUGUCUAGAGCAAGAAUUUGUCCUUACAGACAGCUUGAAAUUUGAGGAACAAGAACCACACUUUUCAACCCCAAUGUUGGAAGAGAAAAUGCCAUUUCUUCAGAUGCUACAAAGUGUGGGAUCCCCUCACUUUUUGCCUUACAAGGAGCCCAACUUUCAGACACUGUUGAGAUUACAGCACCGUAAGAAGCCUUGGGACGGUUACACCUACAACAUCCCUGAAAUGGAAACCCAAAUUCAGGCCCUAGAGCUCGAGAGCUGCGUCACCCAUGACAUAGUGGAGCUGCAUUCUCCUGUCAAAUCCGUGACCAUGGACCUCCGACAGCCGCAUUCAGCUUCAUGUCUCGAGGCUACCGUGAGCUCAGAGUGCAACCAAGAACCCAACCAUUGCAUAGAAUUAGGCGCCUCAGCGGGCUCUCCACCUCCGUGGCCAAACCCCCCGCCACAAUCCUGGCCUAAACAGACCUACCUCCCCAAAUCUCUUCCACUCGCCCGGGAACGAAGAAAGCGAAAGCGGACAAGGCCGACCAAGAACCAAGAAGAAGUAGAGAGCCAGCGCAUGACCCACAUUGCCGUGGAACGCAACCGUAGACGCCAAAUGAAUGACCAUCUCAACGUCCUCAGGUCCCUAAUGCCAACCCCCUAUAUUCAAAGGGGUGACCAAGCGUCUAUUAUCGGAGGUGCAAUAGACUUUGUGAAGGAACUGGAGCAGCUACUUCAUUCCCUUGAAGCACAGAAGAGAAUGAGAAAAAAUCAGGAAGGCGUCGAGGGCUCCGGCGCCAUGGAUGCACCAUCCAACGGUCUGUUUAUGUCUCCCCAAUGUAGAAAUGCGUCGACGGAGGAAGGCCACCGUGGGGAAGAAGUGAAGUCGGAUAACAAGUCCGAGGAUGCCGAGAUUCAGGUUACUGUGAUUCAAACACAUGUGAACAUGAAAAUUCAGUGCCAAAGGAAGCCGGGGCAGUUGCUGAAAGCCAUUGUUGCACUGGAGGAACUCAGGCUGACAGUUUUGCACCUAAACAUCACCUCCUCAGAGGCCUCGAUUCUUUACUCUCUCAGUCUCAAGAUAGAGGAUGAGUGUAAGCUAGGAUCUGCAAAUGAGAUUGCAUCGGCGGUACAACAGAUAUGGAGCUUUAUCAGCAGGAGCUGAUUGUUGAAAGAAUCAUCGCAAAUAUAGAGGCAGCUGACUACAUUACUCGGAUAAAGUAGGAGUACUUUGGGAGAAGAAAAGAUAAUUAAUUUAAAACAAAAAAAAAAAAAAAUUGAAGAGAGAUUAUGGGGAUGGGACAGGAGUAUGGAGGCCGGAGAGGAACCAGAUUCCGUCGUCCCUAUCUUCUAGGCAGUGAGUUGUACCGCAGACGGCUCGGGACAGAAACAGAUCAUUCAUGUUUAAUUAUAAUGUUUGUUCCGUGCUUUUAAUUUAAUUUUGAUUUUAUUUAUUUCACUCUUUUU